AUGAUUUAAUCUCAAAUGAUAGAAAAAGAAGAGGACCUUCAUCGCUCUUUGAAACAUAAACCACCUGUCCUUAUGAUUAUUUGUGAUGAAAAAUUAAAGAGGAAUGAAAGAUUUUUAUGUUCUGAAUGCUUGGAAAAUUUUGAUUCAAAAGUUCAGUUAAUGAGUUUUUAAAAAGUCAUGUAGAAUAUAUAGAAUAUCAAAAAUAGAGGAGGAAAGAAAAUAUUGAGACAUUCAUCAUGA